CUGGCAUUGAUUUGAUUCCGCUGUUUACGCUCCCAAGCAGGUCCUCUGUAUGCAGCCUGCCUGUGCGCACACACGCCUCAGCCCAUAAGUAGCUCAAGUCGUCGACCUCGUGCAUCUCCUCAUCCUUCAUUGCCCACCUAGUGUCCUGCCCAACUUCACCCUCACCCCUCCCACACCCCCCAACAACACACUCUAGCAACAAUGUCGUCCGGUGGCAAGUCUGGUGGCAAGUCUGGCGGCGAGGCCAAGUCGUCGACCCGCUCGUCCAAGGCCGGUCUUCAGUUCCCCGUUGGUCGUAUCCACCGUCUUCUCAAGCGCGGCAACUACGCUCAGCGUAUCGGCUCUGGCGCGCCCGUCUACCUUGCUGCCGUCCUCGAGUACCUCGCCGCCGAGAUUCUCGAGCUGGCUGGCAACGCCGCGCGUGACAACAAGAAGUCGCGUAUCGUCCCUCGUCACCUGCAGCUCGCCGUCCGCAACGACGAGGAGCUGAACAAGCUCCUCGGCAACGUCGUCAUCUCGCAGGGUGGUGUGCUGCCAAACAUCCUCACAGAGCUCCUUCCUCAGAAGACCAAGGGCAAGGGUGGCAAGCCUUCGCAGGACGCCUAAGCGCCUACAUCUUCUUCGUUCGUUUUCGCUCUUCUCCAUUGUACCGCGCCGCGUGGCGAUGCAUGUCACUCUGUACAACUACAGAUGCUAGGUGGCUGAGCCUGUG